AUGCACAGACACGCUGCCUACCCAUAUGCCAACCCGGCACCCACCACCACAGAACACUCGGGCACCUCCUCAGCCUUCUCUGCUUCGGCAAACCCUGACGAAGCCUGGACCAAGAUCUCAGAUCUCGCUGAACGCAGGCGGAUACAGAACCGCAUUGCCCAACGCAACUACCGCAAGAAGCUCCAAAAGAGGCUCAAAGACUUGGAGCGUCGUAAUGCCUCGAGAUCAGCUUCACCUGAGCAGAAGCCUACCCCAUUGGAGCUGGCGAUGCGCACGAAAUUUUCUGAUGACACGAUGUUCGCGACCAAUCCGCGUGCCCCUGAAGAACUUACUCUCCUCCAUGAGCCGCUCGAGCCUCUCGUCGAUUUGAUCUUCGUCCAUGGCUUAGGAGGCGAUCCUGUGAAGACUUGGACCAAAGGCGAGGACAGUGAACAGUUUUGGCCGCAAGCGUGGCUUCCACAAGAACCAGUUCUUCAAAAUGUUCGUAUCAGUACCUUCGGUUACAAAAACGAUGGGGAUGAGCACAAAGAUACUGCAUCGAUGAUUCAUGAUGCGGGAGAAGGUCUUCUGAGGGAGAUUAGCACGAAUGUAUCCCAAAGGACGCAGGAAGAUCUGCCUAUCAUCAUGAUAGGACAUAGUAUAGGCGGCUUAGUGAUUAAGAAGACGUAUACACUUGCUUGGAGGGGCGCCGCGACCCAGGCUCUCGCUGCUCGUGUUAAAUGUCUCAUCUUUCUUGCGACACCACAGCGAGAUGCUGGACUAGCGUCGACUGUUCGUAAAAUACUCCGAGCUUCUGGUCGGUUCAACUACAAUUCGUCUUUGUCUGAUUUUGAGAAGACAUCAGUCGAGCUCAACAAAAUCAACGAUGAGUUCAGACACUACGCGGGCGAGGUUCGCAUCCUGUCUUUCUACGAAACCAUCGAAACCAACCUCGGGAUUCAAUCUGAGUUAAUCGUUGAUAAAGACUCUGCCUCAAUGGGUGUCAAACACGAACGCGUACAUCCACUCAAUGCCGACCACCGCAUGGUCUGCAAAUUCGACAGCAUAUAUGACACCAACUAUAUCACGGUCAAGAACGCCAUAGCAAGUAUAGCUGAGGACAUACUUGGUGACGCAAUAAAGAGGGAUGCUCAGAUUUCGGCUCUAAAAACCUAUCUUGACAUGAUGGAUACACCUAUUGACGAGCUCAACAAAGAGCAGGAUAAUCAGAUCACAGGGUCAUGCUCUUGGAUUGAGAAGCGCAAGGGCUUCCAAGCAUGGACUGGAACGCUUACACGGCCACCAUAUGUACCUCUAUACUGGAUCUCCGCGCCGCCAGCAACGGGAAAAACUGUAUUAGCAGGUCAUGUUAUCAAGCAACUCCAAAGAAGAGGUCAUGACUGUAGCUACUACUUCUUCAAACACUCUCAAAAGGGGAAAAACACCAUGAGUGCCAUGUUACGGUCCAUGGCCCUCCAGAUGGCCAUUAUGCACCCGAUUGUACGCAAGGAACUGCUCGAUUUGCAAAAGAACGGUAUUGCCUUCGACAAAGAACACGAGGACUCGGUAUGGAGAGUGUUGUUUGUUGGAGCUAUCUUUAGGACCAGCCUUGAGAGACCGGAAUACUGGGUUAUCGAUGCAUUGGAUGAAUGUAUCGACUCCAUGAAACUGUUCUCUUUACUUUCGCGGAUAGAAUGCAGAUACGGUGUUCAGAUACUCAUCACCAGUAGAGGGCCUUGGCAUGAUUUUGAACGACAAUUCGCCCGCCUCGGUCAUCGAGGUAUGACUGAUACGAUCCCUGUGGAAGACACAACACAUGAUAUCAGACUUUUCUUCGAACAGAAUAUGGACCAUCUUCCCGUCGAAGAGGAAGCAGAUAAGCGGCUUAUGGUUGAGAAACUGGUUACCGAAUCGGCAGGUUGCUUUUUGUGGGCACGCUUGGUACUACAAGGGCUCGAGUCGGUGUAUAGCGAAGAACAUAUCGAAGAAGUCAUCGAGGGGCUACCUAUGGAGAUGGGUCUUCUGUACGAACGAAUCCUUGGUGAGAUGUCGAAAAGCGUGCGUCGAACGCGACUCGCGAAAUCUCUACUUGUCUGGGCCAUCUGUGCUGUUCGCCCAUUGCACAUCUCCGAACUCGUCAAAUUCAUUGAGAUUGACAUAGGAGCGAAGGUACCAGACCUGAAGGGUGUGAUCCGCUUUCUUUGCGGUCAGCUUCUCCAUGUCGACAACACUGGGCAUGUCCAAUUAGUGCACAGAACCCUGCGUACAGCUCUGACUGAUGGUUCGUCGAAAUCAGAGUUUGCGAUCUCGAAAAUAGAAGGACACGGACGACUCGCUUUCGUCUGCCUUGAAUAUCUGUGUGGGGGAAAGAUGAGGUCGCCUCGCAACUGGGCCUUCGUUGAAAUCCCGCGAAGCGCCAAGAACCCAAUAGCGGAUUACGCAUGCGCCUCGUUCUCGGAGCAUCUAGUAAGGUCCUCCUCCUCCGACACUGCUCUGUUUCUGGAGCUAGAGAAGUUUCUGAGAUCGAAUGUCCUGACGUGGAUCGAGUACAUCGCGAAGACCAAGAAGAACCUUCAUCAUCUGACGAAGACGGCUAGGAACCUACAAUAUUAUCUCAGUCGUAGGGCCUACCAUAUACCACCUUUCAGUGCGGCGGACCAUUACGUCAGUCAAUGGGCGACAGACUUGAUGCGAAUCACCGCUAAAUUUGGUCGCUAUUUGUUAGACAACCCGGAUUCAAUCUAUGGUCUGAUCCCGCCAUUAUGCCCGCGAGACUCCGCAAUCAACCAGCAAUUUGGUGUUGUUCGCAGUGAUUUGAGCGUUUCUGGAGUCGGCAAUGGCGCUUGGGAGGACUCUGUAUCCCACAUCGAUUUCCAACAAGAUUGUGCAAUGUCUAUUGCCGCUGGACCAUAUCAGUUCGCUAUUGGUACGUCUUCAGGACGGAUAAUCCUUUACUUGCAAGACACCUGUCAAGAAAGUAUGUCACUCGAUCAUGGAGAGUCCGCAAAAGUCCUGCACUUUGGGAACAGUUACAAACUCGCCUCAGCUGGUGCUCAUAUGAUCCGUCUCUGGGAUCUCAAGAGCGAGUCGCUAGUCUGGACUUACAACAUCAAAGAAAACCCCAUACUCCUUCAGUUCGAUCAGGAUGAUCGCUUGAUUGUCGCUACGAAGAGCAACCGUGUCAUCAUCUUAAGCUGUGACGAUGGAACCACCCUUUGCGACCAUUCCUUUCCCAGUAGUAAGGCGCCACUAAGCGUUACCAUUUCUCCAGAUUGUAGUAUGGUAGCGUUCACUCACCCUGGCGAAGGCGCUUCUGCAUGGUAUCUUCCUGACCACCUGGAUGAUGAAAACUUCCUAGAAGGUUGGAAUGAAGAAGUUACUUCUUCUUUUAUGACCAGCGAAUCUUUCCCAAAUAACAUCAUCUUCAACAAAAAUCCGGCUCUUGACUUAAUGGUGGUCACUUUCCAGGAUGGCCUUAUGGUUCUCUACGAAACAGCAUGGGCGCCAGAAGUCGUGAAGACUAACCAACAAGACUGUCAGUACAUAGCGUGUUCACCUGACGGGCGAAUACUCGCAACAAGAUCAAAUUCGGGCGUGAUAGGACUAUGGGAUUUUGAAACCUUGACCUUGCUAUGGCAAAUCAAAACGCGGGAGCCUUUGGGGAGAGCCUUGGCGUUCACGGAUUGUGGAACUCGAAUCAUCGAUCUGCAGAACCAUAGGGUUAAAGUUUGGGAGUCCGCUACUCUUAUUCGCAAGGACACCUAUGAUGAAAACUCUUCCGCAACUCUACCUGUACUGGGAGUAGCCUUUGGGGACGAGGAAGAUGUUGUGCCCAUCACAGCCACUUGUAUACACCCAACCCGAGACGUCAUCCUUGCGGGUAAAGAGGAUGGGUCUGUGAAUGUUUAUUCAGGAGUAUCAGGAGGGCUGGAAGAUGUCAUCUACACCCACAAACUAGAUGGUUAUGUAAGGAGGAUCACAGUCAGCGCUGGAGACAUUGUCGCUUCUCAAGAUGCAAGCAACAAGGUCAUGGCAUAUAGGCUGAAUCAAGAAUUGCCUAAUCACUUUAGUGCAACUCAGAAGCUUAUGGACUUGCACAUGGAAGAACCAGCGGAACAACUCCUGAUCAAUGGUGCGGGAGAUAGGCUCCUUAUAUCUACUGCUACGACCGACCAGUUAUGGAUACGAAGCGAAACUAGCACCUUUAAACGAGCGAAAGUUCUGGAAGCCCCAUCUAGAUUCGCCUGGAGGUGGAUGUCGUCCAUCAGAGUAUCAGGUACACUUCUUCUGUUCGUCGACCAGACUAUCCGCCGAUUCAACUGGGACACACUAGAUGAGCUAGAUGUUACGGAUCCACCUCGGAAGAUCAAGAUCAGUACCACGAGUCUCACUGGAAGCGACGUUGUACUGAAGGCUCUUGAAACCGACGUUACUGGCACUAAUAUCAUCGCGGAGUUUUCGCAUCAACUGGAUUCGAAAGCGACUGAGAGAUUGAUAGUUUGGCAGGCGGACAAUUCAGCAUCUCAAGAGGAAAGCGCAAGUAUCGAACCCAGCCUCGUUCUUUCUUCGAUUGAGAUCAAACAUCUUCUGGGAAUAUUUGAGCAUAGCAUUGUGUAUCUGAAUCACAAUCUUUGGGUCUGCUCAAUAGACCUGCAAGAAAGCACAAUGAAAAGACAGGUCAAGAAGCAUUUCUUUGUUCCUCUGGAGUUUUUGGGACACAAUGAUGGUUUCAUGGCAUCAGUGUCUAAAAAAGGGGAUGUAUUGUUUCCCACCGGGAAGGAAAUUGCCGUGGUCAGGAAUGGGUUGAAGCAGUUUCUAGAUAGCUACACUUUAGCGAGCGAGGUUCAUGGGUGGGAUGCUCAUAUGUUGGCCUUGCAGACUAACCCCAAGAUGAUAGGAAGACCUUUCGAUGAUAACUUCAUAGCACCGCAAAAGGUCGCUGCACGUGGGGAAUCAGCGAACGAUUACAUCAUCCGUAUUCUGACCGAAGAUAGGGAUACGCGUACAGUGUUUGCAGAGUUACUAGAAAGAAUGGAUCAAGAGCAAUUCGUUGAAGCCGUAAGGAAGGGGCUAAAAGACCUACACCUGAGUUUAGUGAACAACGCCAAAAGUCAACCGGAAGAACCAAUUGCUCGCUUACUGGAAAGCCGUUCGGACAGAGAGAAGAUAUGCGAAGGCAUUGCUGAAAUCAUCGUCUCUGAAAGAUUCCAAUAUGGAAUGGCAAUGAGAGAAGCCAACGAGAAGAAUCAUCUUGGUGAUACCCUCCGACAAUCAGAACCUUUCCAGACAUUACUCAACGAUCUCAGGAUGCAAAUCCUUCCGCAAUCACUCAAAGACAUUGUACAAACAGCUUUGUACGGCUCUUUGUCACUUUCAGAACAAAAUAACAAUUCCCUGGUCAAUCAAACCAAGGCCUUUAUCGAGGACUUUACCAUGCUAAAAUGGAAUUGGUGGCCUUUAGAGCCAAGAAUGAGGGAUAUGUCUUCGAAUGAGACGCGUUUGCUUUGGCGUUGCACUUGCGGUACGCGACUUUGGCAAGAGGUCCCCACUGAAGAAUUAAACCUCAUCAAGCCUAUGCUUCCUUACGGAAUUAGUGACUCGAAUCUGCUACACAGAUGCAAACAGGGUGGAAGCUUCAGUUCCCUUAUCGGAAAGUUCACUAGAUCAGCGACACUCCAGUCAACUGCAGGUGUGAGAUAUACACCUUCCAAUGUGGCAGCAGCUCCUAGCAAUGUAGCGCAGGGCCUGCAAAGUGCCGGUGUUGCAGUUAGCCUAAAUAACUCCCCAAAGCCCGCUCAAACCACGAACCAACUAGCAAGUUCCGGUGCACAAGCUGCCGGGGUACAACAAGCUGUUCUUGAUGACCCACGGAUACUGUUCGGAGUGAGAGGACCCCACCCAGCAUUGAAAUUGGAGCAAAUCAGCGUCGAUAAUACGAUGAACGACAGCAACUUCUACGAUGAACUGAAAAAGUACUACAGGCUCAAUCGUGGCAGACUCAGGUACUGGUUCUCAUUCUGGCGCCUAGGAUACUGCGAGGUUGUCAAGUUCCAAACCUACAGACCAAACUACGUGUUCAGAGAACAGAAAGAACUACCCGUGGGUAAUGACUACGAAUACGAUCCUCGCCACCCAGAUGCACAGAAUCCUCCUAUAUCACGACACGAAUUCUCGAUGCAUCUCAAUUCAUGUGGCGAUUCUUGUCGUUGGUCAAAGCUGUCCAAAUACACGCCAAUACUCGGACAACUACUGCACGAAUGUCUACCAACUCUACACACAAAGCGCGCAAUCAAUCGCAUCCCAAAAAGGAAGUACCCCUUCAAUACAUCAUGCACAGACGACAAGAACGCGUAUGCCUGGGGACUAGAAGCGAGACAUGAGAUUUCGGCCGCCUACGUGGCCUUCUAUCACCUUCUUAUCCUUGCGCUUCCUUUCGGCUUCUGGGGCUGGUGGCAAGCUACACACCCAGGUGAUUUGCAGAACGCAUCGGUACCGGUCACUGUUGUUCUUACAAUGCUCUCUUUGUUCUGGGGUACAAAUGGGAUUUUGACUCAAGGCCGAAAAUUAGGCGAAAUAGAUGUCUGA